UGUGAGGGAUAACAUGCCUACUAGUUGGCUAUAUGCCUGCCUGCUUGCUAUCCUAAUUGUCGUCUUCUUCGUUUAUUUCUUCUUUUCGUAAAACAGAGCACACACCAAUAGAGCAUUCAUGGCGACCAGGGGCUUCGUAUUAUACCUGUUUUCAGCUUUCUCCGCCGCUGUUUUAUCAGCAAUCAUCAUCAACAACCACAACACUUACAAAAACAACCACCUUCUCCACCAUAAUCCUCUCAAUUCCGUUAGUUCCGAUGAAAAAGUUUGGCCCGAAUUGGAGUUCAAUUGGAGGAUUAUGUUGGCUACAUUAAUCGGGUUCUUGGGUUCGGCUUUUGGAACAGUUGGUGGUGUUGGUGGUGGUGGUAUUUUUGUUCCGAUGCUUACGUUGAUCGUUGGCUUUGAUACAAAAUCUGCUGCCGCUCUGUCAAAGUGUAUGAUAAUGGGGGCAUCAGCAUCAUCAUUUUGGUACAAUUUGAGAGUACCACAUCCAUGCAGAGAAGUACCAAUAUUGGAUUAUGAUUUAGCACUCUUGUUUCAGCCUAUGCUCAUGCUUGGAAUCACACUUGGUGUUGCUCUUAGUGUUGUGUUCCCCUAUUGGCUCAUCACUGUUCUCAUCAUCAUCUUGUUCUUAGGGACUUCUUCAAGGUCUUUCUUUAGGGGCAUUGAGAUGUGGAAGGAAGAGACUAUACUAAAGAAAGAAAUGGCGCAACCACGAGAAACAUUUGCCAAUUCUCGAGGGGAACUUUUAAUCGAUGCUUACGAGCCUUUGCUUCCAAGAGAAGAGAAAACUCCAAUGGAAAUAUUUAAAUUUAAUUUACGCUGGAAGAAACUUAUGAUCUUGGUGGCUGUAUGGGCUGCAUUUCUAGUUCUUCAAGUCAUAAAGAAUGAUUUAGUGACUUGCAGCACAUGGUACUGGGUACUCACAGUUGCACAGUUCCCAGCAACACUAGCAGUGUUUGGAUAUGAAUGUGUUAAGUUGUACAAAGAAAGCAAGAAGAGAAGAAGCCUAGGGAACACUGAAUCUGUGUGUGAGGCCACAAUUAACUGGACCGUGCCGAAUCUUAUAUUUUGCGCGCUUUGUGGGAUCUUGGGUGGCACUGUAGGCGGUCUUUUGGGGUCUGGUGGCGGCUUUAUUCUCGGACCCUUGUUACUAGAGAUCGGUGUCAUACCACAGGUUGCGAGCGCGACAGCAACAUUUGUGAUGAUGUUCUCUUCGUCCUUAUCUGUGGUUGAGUUUUAUCUACUCAAGAGGUUCCCAAUCCCUUAUGCGUUAUACCUAAUGACGGUAUCGGUUAUGGCCGGCUUCUGGGGUCAAUUCUUUGUUAGAAAACUUGUUGUAUUUCUAAAAAGGGCUUCACUCAUUGUCUUCAUUCUUUCUGCUGUCAUUUUUGCCAGUGCUCUUACAAUGGGGGUUAUUGGUAUCGAGCAAAGCAUAAGGAUGAUUCAGAAUCAUGAAUUCAUGGGGUUUCUUGAGUUUUGCAGCAGUCAGUAAACAUUCAAUAGUUGUGGACCUUGUGGUAUUUAUUUAUUUAUGUACAUAACAUAUGUUGUGGUGGUUGUUUAGGCCAAUGUUCGUUGGCAUAUCGACCCCCAACAAAUGUGGUUAAAAUUUCGGUUUAAAUUCGUUGGCAUUACGGUGGAAAGCGGCUUUUGGGUAUGCUAAGACCAGCGCCCACGAGCCGCCACCAUGGUGUCAAUUUGUAGUGUUGAAUAAAGUUUUCGGGUUGUGGUGUGAGUGUUAGCUACUUGUUAACACCAAAGCAACCUUAAAUUUAUUGGAUUUGUAUUUGUGUUUCAUUGUGUUGGAUUUGUUUAUUAUUUGCAUAUAAAUUAUAGAUUGCAAGUUUUUUUUA